AUGGAUCACCUGACUGCGCUCUUCCAGGAGAUGUGGCGUCACGGUGAAGUCCCACAGGAUUUCAAAGACGCAACAAUCGUGCUUCUGUACAAGCGGAAAGGAAACAGCCAACUCUGCGACAAUCACCGAGGCAUCUCCUUGCUGAACAUCGCCGGGAAGAUCGUCGCUCGCAUUCUCCUCAACCGCCUGAAUAAUCACCUAGAACAGGGCCUUCUACCGGAACGCCAAUGCGGCUUCCGCCGUCAUCGCGGGACCACAGAUAUGAUCUUUGUCGCCCGUCAACUUCAGGAGAAGUGCCAGGAGAUGUGGACCCACCUGUCACUGCCUUAUACAGUGAGGCAUCAUCACAAGUUCUCAAGUAUAUCCUGA